UCACCUUAAAACACCUGUCUCGCCCACAGAACGAGGUGUGUCUCUGUGCUAUCUGUUGUGCAGGUGUGAAAAACGGAGACUUCUCACUUGUAACGCGCUGUUCGAGGUAUUCACAUCACAGAGAACUUGCAAGCAUGAGGAAACUCCUACUAAGCGCCUUCUUGGUCGUCCUGCUCGCCUACGCAGUGGACAGCAACCCCGAAAACAGCUCAGAGGAUGGCUCUGCUGAGGACUACUCUGGGGACUAUUCAGAAGACUACUCUGGCGACUACUCUGGCGACUACUCUGGCGACUACUCUGGCGACUACUCUGGUGACUACUCCGAGGAGUACUCCGGAGACUAUGAAGACGACGCGACUACACCGUGAAUGAGGAACGAGGAACAGCCCAUCGCUCGCUCAUUGGGGGAAAAAAAAAGUUGUGAGGAACAGAGGUUAUGAAUAUCAUGAAAAGCGGAGGUUGUGAAUAUUAAGAGGAAAAAAAAUAUAUGAAUGUCAUGAGGUUCAUGAGGAAGAAAUUUAUGAGUAUCAUGAUGUUCAUGAGGGGAAAAAAUAAAUAUCAUGAGGUUUAUGAGGAAAAAAAUAUGAGGUUCAUGGAGAAGAAAGUUAUGAGGUUCUUAUGAGGUUCAUGAGGAAGAGGAUUAUGAGAACCGAGAGGGAAAAUUAUUAUUUAUUUCCAUAUCAAACACCACAGAGCGAUUGAUGUCUUUAUGAUAAGAAUUUGUCUUCAAUAUGAUAAUCCACAUACCACAAUUACAUUAGAUAUAAUUAGGUAUGCAAAUAGAUAAGAGUAUACAAGAAUAUAUGUAUACACAAAUUAAUAAAUAAUGAAUUGGA